AGUUGUAAGUUGUACUUUGUAGUGGAAGGAUCAACAAUUUGAGAAGUCCAAAAAUAUAUUUGCUUAAAAUAAAAUAAGUUUUUUUGGAGGUUAAACGAUGAAAAAUAUUAAAAGAAACUUUUUGCAAAUCAUUCUGAUCAUCUCGAUCAGUCAACAAGCUGCUGCAUCACUUGCAUCAAGUAUCAAGCCAUGCGUACGGAAUUCCGAAAAAUAUUCAGAUUGUGUGAUUGAUGCGAUUAAUGCAUUAAAGCCUCAAAUAAGCACUGGUGUUUUUGGACCUAACCUAGCAAUUGAAACAAAUUUGACAAAAUUGGUGGUUGGAAAUGUGUCUGUGAACCAAAAUUUCAAUCUUCAACUAAGUGGACUGUAUGCACUUGGGCUGAACAACUUUAAAGUCAAUAAGCUUCGAAUUAGUCCGGAAAAAUUCAAGCUCGAUUCAAUUAUAUCAUUUGAACACCUUGAUGCAUUCUCAAGAUACUCGUUGGUAUGGAAUUUGGGUAUUUUUAAUCUACAAGGAGAUGGAGAUCUGACAAUUUCAAUUGAUAAUCCCAAAGUUCUGCUAAAAUUUAUUGGAUCUCGAUAUUUCAAAAAUGACAUCGAAUAUCUCAAAAUAGACAAAACUCAGUUGAACAUCAAGUCAGCACAGGUCAAAGUAUAUUUCGAUAAUCUCUUUAAUGGACAAAAAGCUCUUGAGGAAGCAGCUAAUGAGGUUGUUAAUCAAAAUAUUGACAUUAUUAAAGGUGAUGUCUUUCCAAUCAUUGAGCAGAACAUUGGAAAAAUAAUUCAGAAAAUGGCAAAUCAAGUAUUUGAAUCAGCAUCAUACGACGAGUUCUUUCCAUUGAAUUAAAGACAUGACAUGUUUUG